CGACGCUACGAGGUUCGGAACGGGCAUCAAUACUGUACAUACACCAACAGUACAUCGCGCAAUAUGACAUUAGUUUCUCAAACAACUCUGAUUCCAUGGCUAGAGAAAGCUAAAGGGAACAAUGGUCCGCGGAAGGUGCUGAAGGCUCGCAGCAGGAAGCAAUCGCGAGCCCUGGGUAAGGGAACCCGGGAGAAGUGGAAAUGGAAGGUGAACGCGAAGGUGAACGCGAAGGUGAACGCGAAGGUGAACGCGAAGGUGAUCGCGAAGGUAAACGCGAAGGUGAACGCAAAGGUGAACGCGAAGAUGAACGCGAAGAUGAACGCAAAGGUGAACGCGAAGGUGAAUGCAAAGGUGAACGCGGUGGGCAAGCGAGAGGGGGAGAAAGAAGCGGAGAAAAAGGCGGAGAGAGAGGAGAUGAGAGAGGAGAUGAGUACCGAAACAGUCAAUGUGGAAGAAGACGAGGGUCGGCAUAGAUGGGCUGAUAGUCAGGAAAGUUUUGUGCACGAUGAUUCUCACUGCGGCUACAGUAAAAACCAAGCGGAUCCCUCCAGGUAUUCCCCGGGAGUUGAGGACGGACGGUUUGAGGGUUAAUUUGGGUUUUGAAGGUAUCGAGUCAAUAGGCUUGAUAACUACUCCAUUGUCAGUGAUGCUCGCUUUGCACUGAGUAGUAAGCGAGGGGUUCUUUGAACGCGUUCAAUUGUUGUUCGACGCGUUGGGGGAAGUGUCUGUCGAUCGCGAAGCGCACUUUAUUGGUUGAGGUGUCACAAAUCAUGGAUCCUCAAUCAUGGAUGCUUGCUGACCUUGCUGAUGGUGGUUUAAGUUGAUUUGGAAUCGUGAUGUUUCUGUUUGACACUUUGUUUUUUUUAUGCUUUGACUUAUCGGGAUCCUUACGUGUUUUUUGUUUGCAUGCUUUUGAUUUGUAUACAGA